UCAUACAUAAAUUCAUAUUCACUACUCACUAGCUAGUUCUGAUAUGUACUCCUCAUCUAUGUCAGAGUCGGAUGUUGCACUGCUCGACUCGAUUCGACGACACCUUCUUGAAGAUAUAGAUGAUUUUGAUUGUUUUGCUCAUCACACGAGUUCAUGCAAUGUUCCGAAUUACGGGUGGGAUGAUCUCUUUAUUGAUGAAAACGUCGAACCAAUCCAGGGUGUUGGUCCCGAAUGUCACUCUGCACACGAUUGGAAGAGGUACAUAGGUGUGAGGCGGCGGCCUUGGGGAAAGUUUGCAGCAGAAAUAAGGAAUCCAGCUAAGAAAGGUUCAAGAAUAUGGUUGGGGACUUAUGAGACACCUGAAGAUGCUGCAUUGGCUUAUGACAAAGCUGCUUUUAAGUUACGCGGCUCUCGUGCAAAGGUCAAUUUUCCAGAUAUGCUUGGCACCUGCAUAUCAGAGCUGAUUGGUGAUUCUGCCAAGCGCCAAUCACCGGAGCCUGCAGACUCGUUAUCAUCCUCAUCGUCGACGUUAUCAGAAGAUUUUGAGUCAUCCAAGAGAAGAAGAAAGAUGUAGUCACUCCUUUAAUUGGUCGAGAUGUUAGCUCAAGUUAGCAUAGACGAAAAGUAAUGAACUAGUUCAUUUCAAGCUUUGUCUUGAUCAUUUUAUGGAAAUAGAACUGAAUUUUUUAC